AUGAACUAUAAGAAUUAAUUUAACAGGAAGGAUUUGAUAAAAAGGUUUAGAUAGCAAUUGAAUAAAUUCUUCCAUCAGAAGAUUUAGAAACUUAAGACGAAUCAAAUAUUAAAUGGGCUUUAUUCUUUAAUUCUAAUGAAAUACUAAUUAAUGGAUAAUAGUGAUGAGAGUUAAUAAAAUGAAUAAUAACAAACAAAAAAUGAUGAACUUGUUGAAGAUUAGUUUUUUAAGUGA